GGGGGGGCGUCGGGACGCCCGAAAUAGCGCCGGUCUCCAUCUACGGAUGACGCUCACGAGGCGUCGCUUCGGCAAGUUUUGACCAGCGCGCGUCUAACAUGUCGGACUUAUCGCCGUGCUUAAGCCUUAUAGUGACUUAAUGGCAGUUUUGUGUUAAGGACUCGUUGCAAGGGAAUAUGGUCAUGUUCGAUGAUGCACUUGAACCGAAGACAACAAUGCAAGCAGAAUCAAUAGAUGUGCUGCGGAAAGAUACAAGUAUAAUGACUUACAAAAAUAACGGAACCGAUAGUAUAGAAGUGAAAUGUGAGGCAGUUAUAGAUGAAUGUUGUGAGUCACCAGAAGUGCAGACCAAAUUCAAAGGUAUAAACUUGGAAGAUGACAUAGAGAAAGUCGAAGUGACCAGCCAUGACGAAUCUUCGGAAGAACCUGAAACGGACUGUUUGGUUGACUAUGAGUCACCCAAAUCACAAUUUGCAUCGCCGUUAUUCAGCGGCAUUCCUACCCAGAACCCGACCGAAUCUAUUAAGAGCUGGCUGCAAAGGAUAACGGACGCUCAACAUGAGAUUCAGAAGAAACAUCUCGCUAUCCAAUCUAGUAUCCCUACGGUGACGGGCAACUCUAGCAUAAAUAAUAGUAGCACCGCUACCAAUAACGCACCAUCCAGAAUAAUGAAGUACCAAGACCUGCCCUACAUGGGCGAGAUCACCUUGGACAGCUCAAAAUCCCGGAGAGGCAGAAAACCCAAAAAAGCUGACAUCUGCCAUCUCAUUUACAAAAACUACGGGACGAUCCUUCCGGGCACUCCAAAUCCGGAUAGUUACUUAGAGAAAGACAAUAGCAUUUUGAAAAGAGUAGCUGUUUUAGACAGCAAAGAAGCUGUAGAUAGUGCUAAUAGGACUGAUGUACAGAAUAAGAUUAUAUCUAGUUUACUUGAAAAAAGACUGACUCAAGAAUAUAAGAGGACCAGGGAGGGCAAAAGGCAUUCUCCAAAGGAAAAGGUGGACCAAAAUGAACCGCUCAACCUAUGUAUUCGUGAUUUAAAUCACUUGAAGAUAAGACUACUGAAAAAUAACGACAAUACCUACAGCUCAGCGGAAAUCAAGUCGGAACCACAAUCGGACGAAGAUGUAGAUUUAUUCCAAGACACUCCUAGUCCAAGCAUCAUUUAUCCAAACGAGUUGCAUCCCCGCCCCAAUCUGAUAGACCCCUCCUCCGCGCGGAGCAGUCCUGACUCUUCAGGAGUGGGGGCCGGCUCAACUACGCCCAAACCUGCUGAACGCACCGCCCCCGGGGGGUACGUGUAUUGGCCUAACGCGGGAGUGUUCAUUCAUCCCUUGGCGUUGCAGCAACAACUUUUAUUGUACACUCGUAUGACAGGCGGUAGUGACAGUUAUAUCCUUCCGGGUGGCCACAGUCCAAGGCAGCCACCUCAUCAGGGUACUAGUUCGACAGCAACGUCUUCUUCACCGAAAGAAACGCAAGUAGAACUCAGGAAGAUUGUACCAAAGACUGUCAAGUCGAAAGCUUCCUCUUCCAAAGAUAGCACUGCCGAGGAGACUGAUCACUCGACAGGAUCCCCGGGCUGCAGUAGUACCCAAGAACUGAAAAAGCGAAACGCCCCUUCGUCUUCAGAAAAUGGAAAAGCGCCUACGAAAAGAAAGAGGUCCGCCAUUUUCAUUCCCCCCAUACCAACAGAAAAUAACACUAAUCCUGCGACUGAAGUCAGCAUCUGCAAAUUUAAGUUUACCGGAGGAGCGAAGCCUAGUCUGCAGGAGAAGAAGAUGCUGUCUGUAGAUUCCGGAGGAAAUUUUAGGUACUACAGUGGCACCGGCGACAAAUCCAUGCGCGGCUACGAGUUCUUCCCUAGGGAAACCCUUCAGCAGCAAGUGCACAACAGCCAAGGCUCGUCGACGGGAGCGUUCCUUCAAGCCAGCGGUGAGAAAAUUUACCCUACGCCCCCGGUAGACUUCGCAGGCACGAAAUCCGGUUCGGAUUUCCUGCUCAGUCCGGACCUGCCCGUUCCGAAUUUCCCCAAGGGCCAUCAGGCGCAGGAACUGGCCGCCCAAAAGCUGAAGAAAAGAAAAUCAAGAAAAAGCCUGCAACGCGAAAAGCUAGAGCAAACGUUCAAGGAAAAGGGCUUUCUCAUUCAAACGCAGCAAACUGAAAGCGCCGAAGGAGCGACUUACUGCAAGUUCAGACAACUCAGGAAGUUCACCAGGUAUUUGUUCAGAUCGUGGAAGGACUACCUUCCAGGGAAUAUCGCCGAAGGCGAACAAGCCAGGAGUUCCAAGGGCGACAAUGAACUGACGAUCAACGAGUUCAGCAGGGAUGAGGUUGAUAACUCAUCGGCGCAUUCUAGUGACGCGAAUGCGUGCUGAGUUAUGAGUUAGGAUCUCAUGCCCCUUUUACUUCCCAGGCCAAAACUGGCGAGGAAGUAUCGUAAUAGAGAAAUAACAAAAUAAAAAAAAUUGAGAAAUAUGAAAUCACGUUUUUUGUGGAUGUUGUAUGACAUGUACAUCACGAAAAAUCGUGUGAAUAUACAGGGUUUGUCCGGAAAGUAAUAGGACUGAGUCGAUUUAAAAAAAAUUUAUUGAGCCAAUCGUUGCAAUUCUGGGUAAGCUUGCUUGAGCAUAUCAAACGUCUCUGUCGCAGAUUUACCGAGUUUCACACAGAAUUUAAUCGCGUACCUCUGCUCUAAAGAACGCUGCAUUUUCCGCUUGCACCACUCACAGAAACAUGUCGCGCGAAAAUGCCUGUCCUGACUCUCCAAGAGCUCGGAGACAACUGACCAAGAAAAUGAGUCCUAUUACUUUCCGGACAAACCCUGUAUGAUAGGUAAGAGGACAAUCAAAUCUUAAAUUUUAAAAAACAGCAAGUUUGAAAUUAUACAGGGUGGCCCAACGAAAAAGUCGCACCCCAUUUGUGACUCUCUUGGUAUAUCUUGGGGAAAACCCUCGGAGACCUCAAUUUCAAUUUCUAGGGAGACUUCUUUCCAUCUAUAGCCGUUAGAUUUUUUAGAUUUUCCAUGAAGUUUUUAGUAACUUUUAUAUGGUUUUGCCUAUCUUCAAUCGGUGAGAAGCUAUUUGAGUAUAUAAUAGAAUUCUAGAAAUUAUGCACCACCUUGUUGGAAAUGAAUGUAAUAUGCAUUAUAAUUUUCUAUUGUUCUCGAAAAUGCCGGUCCACACAUUUAUUUUUUCAGGAUAUUGCGAGUGUACCUCUCGAUACAAAUGUGGAUUCGAGUCACCCCAAUAUCGCCAAUUAUGUUUAUUUACGCGAUGAAGCUGACUUGGUUGUCGGUUGUUACCAUUUUCAUUUACGGAUACACUCGGGGACCGUCGGUACCGGCUCGUGUCCGAUCGCGGUCGCCCGAGUGCGUGGGGCGCUGCGACUAUUAUGUGGGCUUGUUACCAUUUUUAGAUUUGGUUAGUCACUUCUCACUCGUUAGCCGUUUAGUCACGCAACGCCACUGAGCAUGAUGUAAAUAGAAUGCACACUCAUCCGAGAAGCAAAUAUUUAAUAACAGAUUUGCAUUGUUGAUUAAACGUUGGGAUAUUAAUUCGCAAAACUGCAACCUCCUAUCGAAACCGUCUGCAUUAAGCUCAUGGACAGUAUUAUUUUCAUUAUUAUUAUUACCAGGAUCCUCCUCCCCUAAAAAACAAGGUUUGAGCGAUUUUAAUAAUUUUCAUCUUUGACCUUUUUCUGUGCGGCCACUGGAUAGAUACACAAGAAAACAGACAAACGGACCGACCGAACUGAGUCACAUGAUCUACAUGUCAUACAAUAUCAAAAAAAAAAUUGAUUUUCGAAUUUUGCAUCGAUUACAAUACUUGCUCGCCCAGUGACGUAGGAAGUUUAAAUGAAUUUAGAAAGCGUCGGUGUGUCUUGUUCAUCUACAGUCUCAUAGACGGCGCUAGUAUCGGAAACGUCAAAAUACAGUGUAUGAUUGACUGUCUUCAGGUAAAAUGAAGACAUGAAAUAAGUAAAUAAAUAAUGUGCUUAGUGCCAAAAUUAUUGUUUUGAGAUAAGCAAUAUUUUUUGUUCUACAAUCAGUGUAUUAAAAAAAUCUGCCCUGACAAUUUAAACAUAGGUUUAUUCAAGUAAGUACUUUCCUGUGUACUUAAUAUUUUCUGGAACUUUUUGUAAAUACUAGCAGAAAAAAAAUUAAUAGUUACUAAAUCAUAGAAUGUGCUAAGUGCCGUCACAAAAAUGUAAGUAUUGUGGUAAAUAAUAAUGAAAUAAUCAUAAAAAAAAAACAGAAAAAAAUUAGCUUUCUUCUUCUUUUCUUUAUUCUUCUUUGGAAGGUCAGGUUUGAAAGAGUAAUUUCUGCGAUAGUUUCAAUAGCAACAUUUUUCUUCAAAAUCUUCGAUGUUUUCCAAGGCUCUAUUCGUUGGCACAUUUUUUAUCGGCGGCUUUAUGGCGAUUGACAAGCGUGCACUCUGUUGGGUUUUUUUUCAGUAUAAUAUAAUAGCCAUGGCACUUAGCGCUAAUCUGUGUUGUUGUUUAAGGCACCUAGAACAUGUUACAAGUAUAAAAUAAAAAACCGAUUUUUUGGCACUUGCACAUUAUUUACUUCCAGUCUUCAAAUACGUUAAGAAGCAUGAUGUUGAAGACUUAAUAUUCUUGCAUUUCUAUGCUCAAAUUUCUGUCAGAUAAAAAACGGUGUGGCCCAUGGAACUGAGAAUCUAAUUAUGUUAAAGGUUCUUAUGAAUCUUGUAGGCUGAAAUAUGUAUUUAAAUACUUGUCUGUGGAGAAUUAGGUAAAAAAUUGAGAAUGAACGAUUGUUGUUUUAAUGUUUAUAUGCGUUACACCGGGCAGUAUUUUCGCAUCUGAUUCCGAUUUUUUGCAGUCUUAUUCAUUCUCAUUAUAUUCAAAAAAACAAAACAAGUUCAAAACGUUGUUUUGUUCGUUAUGGUCUGUCUUUUUAUGCUUUUAUGAUUUUUUGGGUACAUUAGAACUUUAAAAAAAUACGGAUGUUUACAUGAACGAAAUAUACUACUAUAUAAUGACAAAUUUUAAGUGAACGUGAAUCUCGAAUACUACACAAGAUACAAUGUUUAAAAAUGUAUUGGGGGGUUUGUUAAGUCAUAUUGCAAAUCUUUUAUAGUACCCACUGGGCAAUUUUCACUGAGAAUUUACCGUUGUCCGCGUAAAAAAAAACGCUGUAAUUUUGCGAUAAUUCCACACCUCUUAAGGCAUUUUCUAUACAUGAGGGAGAUAUUCAAUAAUUCAUGUAUUACCCUUUCCCCAUCACGUGCGAGGAGACUGCUUGGUCUAGGUAUGUGUAAUUUAAAACUAAUUUUUCAAUUCAUCUGAAUGAAAUCGAGUGACAGCUAGUCUUUUCUAUUUUUUAGUUUGUGACUCAGUAUUCUAUACAAAAUACAACAAAAUUAACAUAUAAUAAGCUUAUACAGGGUGUCCGCAAAGUUGGGGUUUUCCUUUUCAGAAACAACCACCCUUGAAAUAACAAAGGUAAUGUGUAGUGAAACGAGGGCGACCAAGUAAAAAAAAAUAAAGGAAAAAGUAGUCACUCUCCAGUUGACAAGAAGGGCAAAGUACGUCUCUGCCCGAAAUCAUACCGCUCCAACAGAAAAUGAAAUCAGCUGAAGCGCUACCGAGCAGACGCGGAAACCACAUUGAUUGUCUUACACUUAAUGGCACAUCUUCUAACAAGGAAGGCAAAAUGUUGCGUGAAAAGUCUAGGUAUUGCAUCCCGUCCAAUCGAUUUGGGAGAAUAAAUGGUCCAAUAAGCAUACCGUUCACCAUGCCAGCCCAAACAUUCACCGAGAACGUUUGUUGAAAAUGACCAAACAUGAGUGUUGCGAAAGUUAUUCACCCCAUUACGCGUGAACGUAGAUUCGUCUGUCACCAAUAUGCACUUCAAAAAGUCCGGAUUAUUGUCAUGUUGAUGCAACAACCACUCACAAAACCGCACUCUUGCUGGAAAAUCGUCAGGUUGAAGGGCUUGUACACGUAGGACGUGAAACGGAUACAGCCCUUCUUCACGCAGCGUUUGCCACACUUUAGUUUUUGAUACUUGCACUUCUCUAGCCACGUCUCUAGUGCUUGUUGAGGGAUUCGCGUCUACGCGAUUACCUCUACACGCGUGACCGUAACCGUCGGUUGAAGGUUGCAUACUAACCUGACACACUGACCCCGACCCAGUUCUGCCGUCGGGUUGAGACCUUGUACCAGUCUGGGAUAUCCCGGCGGGUCGCGGCUGACAGGACGGUAUUCAGAUAUUUUUGAUGUUGCAGAGCCCUUUAUCUCGGUUCCCUUAAGACAUUGGUGUAUAUGGUACUAAGAAAAAUUGCUUAUGUUUUCAAGAUCUACACGUCGUGUAAAGGAAAACCCCAACUUUGCGGACACCCUGUAUGUUUUCUGAAAAUGUGUGAUGGCAUCUGAUGAUUUUUGUAAUACUUUUCGUAAUUUUAUCUCACUUUGGUAAAAGGAAUAAGUGACAACAAUUGAAAAAAGUUAUUGCUUUUUUUUUGUAGAGUAUGCGUGUUGUACGAGUAUGUAAUAAUAGGCUGUUUGACUGAUACCUAAAUAAAUGAGUAUUUUUUUGUGACGGGACAUUUUAUCGUUGUUGACAGGUAACAAAAUGUCACUUUUUAUGAGAUUACUUUUUUCCCGGAUAUUGUACAAAUGAUUUAGCUGGCAAUAAUUUUUGUCACGAUACUUUGGCUACUUCUACUAAUUCCGGUGAGGUCAAAGAAAACUCGGAAUCAGACAAUUUUAGACAUAUUAAAAAUAAGUUCUAAACAACCACUAAGUUCACAAUUUUUAAAACGAAUCACAAAAUUAAUUUACAGCUAUUUGAUUACUUUAAAAGUUUCCUUAGCAACGCAGGUCUAAUAAGUACAACAUAGCCUACUAAUUUCAAAAUUCAAAUUUCACAUCGAUAAUUUUCUGUCUAAAAUAUUGUAAGAAUAUAAUUUUUCAAUAAUAAAUCGUCGUUUUUCCCGUUACAAAAAUUGUGUAUUAUACAGGGUGUUUCAGUUUAUUGUUGCAUCACUUUAAGAUUCGAUAGAACUUUUAAAAUUAAUGCAUAAAGUCUAUAUAAACAUGGGUCGAAAAAUGCGUGGCUUCCGAAAUACAUGAUGUUUAAAUUUACUUUCUAAAAUAGUUUUUUUUAAUAUUUCUAUCAAUAUUUGAUGUAUAACAGUGAAAAUUGGUAUACAAGGGUUUUUUGGUACGGCAAAACGAACCAUGUGCAUAGUUUUACUGUAGCCGCUAGAGGGCGCUCUCUACUGUACCUGUAGUAUAUUAAAAUGAGC